AUGGAUUCUGGAGGUUGGAUCGUAUACUGUUGUAUCUUCUUCAUACUUUUGGGAAAAGUUUUGGAGUAUACAUCCUCAUACCAAGACAAAUGGUUCACAAAGUUAACGUUGACACCUGAAGCUCGUAAAUUGAAUAGUCAAUAUCAUGAACUUCUGUCAGAGCGUCUAAGGUUGCAAGAAGAGAACCACUCAAUUUCUGCACAGGAUAACUAUGCUCGUUGGACAAAGAAUAACCGCAAAUUGGGCGAAUUGGAUAAAAAACUGGGCACUAUUCGUGAUAAAUUGCAGGAGACCAACACUUCUUCCAAGAAAGUUUUUGGCAGAGUUAAAUUAAUUGGCCUGACUAUACCGUUCUGGAUCCUCAAGAUAUGGCAAAGAAGCCAUGUGGUUUACCAUUUUCCCAAGCAGGAUCUUUUCCCCAAAUUAGUGACAGGAGUUUGGGCUCGUGGUUGGCUGUAUCUAGCAUUGGGACCAUUACAAUAUUUGAGAAAUGGAUCUCUGAACAUUCAAGAUUACGCACCCCAUGGUGUUUCUUUGGGAAUCUGGAUUUGGGCAUUGCAAGCGACCAUAAAUACACUUGAAUUUUUGGUCAAACAAGUGAUCUUGGAAAAACCAGUGAGUCCACCACCACAGAAGUCCAAAUCUGCAACCAAAGCAGAAACCAAGAGACCAGAGAAACUUGAAAUCACCGAUGACAAAGUUGAAUUAGACUAA